GGCUGCCUCCUGAGCAACGACACACAUCAGCAAUCACCAUCAGCGGCUGUGCCACGCCAUUGCUGCCCUUUCGUCGUAUUUAGAGACGAGCCAAUCUGAAUGCGGCUCGUGAUCCCUUAAAGGCGCUAUUUGGAUCGACGAAACGCUCUCCUUGAUAAUACACUGCUCACGACUGCGCUCCGCUCAUCAUCAUCACACUGACUAAGUCAUACACGCUCUCCUUCAAUUCGUGCAAACAUGCCAGCUAUUGUAGCAGCAUCGGGUAUCGAGUCCUUCCAAGGGUCCGCCUCGCAGUCAGUCUUCGACGCUCUGCCAAACCGGCCUGCUGAGCUCCCUCAAACCAAUGUCAAUCCUUCUUAUUGGCAAGCUACGUUCGAAGGCCCUGCCAAGACCGCCCACCUCAGCGAUUCUUCGGCUGUAGAAGGUGAAGCCACCGUUGCUAUCAUAGGCACUGGCAUCACCGGCAUCUCCACGUUGUACCACCUCGUCACGCGCUUGCAAUCUGGCACUCGCAUCGUUCUCUUCGACGCGCGCGGCUUCUGCUCGGGCGCUACAGGUCGCAAUGGAGGGCACAUGACGCCUCUCUCUGCUUUGAGCUACCGCGAGCUGCGGAACUCGCCGGGCAUAUCGAGAUACGCGGUCAAGCCGCCGGAAGGCAGGACGAGGCAGGAAGUGUACGGCAACGAUCGAGGAGAUUUGCUGGAUGAGGUGGUCAGGACAAUGCUGGUGUGUGAAGCCAGAACAGCUGCGGAGCUUUUGGUGCUCACUCGAACGGAAGCCGCCAUGGCUCGCAAGGACCCUUCGGAAGCUCAGCUAGAGGGCUACGUGGAUCCCGAGUUGCAGUGCGCAGGAAGAUGGAUCGUAGCUCUUGAAGAUGGAGAAGUGAAAGAAGUUGAAGACUCCAUUACAGCUGCGAAUCACGCAGGUCUCAGUGACUGGACCAAGGGCCUUAUCAGGCUCCCGAACGCCGAGCUGGAGCAGCUCGGGCUGUCGGGUGCCAAAGCGGCAUGGGAACAGACGGGCUCCACAGUUCACCCGCUCAAGCUCGUCUCUCUACUCUACUCGGUGGCGAUGCGCACAGCCAGAGAAAGGCGUAUCCAAGUAGAAGCGCAUACAUACUGCCCAGUCGAUGAGGUGGUGGAGCAGGCUUCGAACGGACUCAACAACCUGACGCAAAGCAGCUCUCGCGCUUUGCUUCGAACGCGACGUGGCUCCCUCCAAGCCAGAUACGUCGUGCACGCCACCAACGCAUGGGCAAGUCAUUUGAGCCCUCAGCUCGCAGGCCCAAAGGGCAUAGUGCCCACUCGAGGCCAAGCGAUGGCGGUGGAGCCAAAGGAACCUCAAACAUGGUCUCAAGGCUUAGCCACGCCAGAUGGAUUCAACUACAUGCAAAUGCGGCCCGGAACGGCUCAAGUGCAAGCCGAGGCGUCGCAGGGUCCUGCCAAGAAUCCUCCCAUCAUCUUCGGAGGCGGCCGCGACUCGGCGCCUGCUUAUGAGUGGGGUGUGGAGAAUGAUGGAGAGCUUUCAAAUAAUGUCAGCAAGCGCCAACGUCAGCUCUUACCCUCCUUGCUGCCCUCCGCAUUUGGGGGACUACCGCAGCCAACGCACGAGUGGACAGGAAUCAUGGCAUAUACGCAAUCGUUGAAUCCUAUCUGUGGUCCAUUACUACGAGGACAAGCUCUAGCCGAUGAGGACAGCGACCUGAAGCCAUCUGCUGACAUCGUUCCAGGCCAGUACAUCGCUGCAGGCUACUCUGGAGUGAGUCUGGAUCAGGUGUCUGGAUGGGUCACAAGAACUGACCAUCAUUCUCCGCGGGUUCGUGCUUGUCUGGUCUCUUGAUUCCCUACAGCACGGCAUGACUAGAGCCUAUGCAUGUGCGGAAGUCAUCGCUGAGAUGAUUGAAGUAGACGUGCUGGCUGCCUCCUCAUCAGAAGCACGCGACGAUCGCUGGAAAUGUCCCGGAUGGUUUCCUCGGUGCUGGCUGACCACAUUGAGCCACG